AUGGACGAAAAUGUUAAUCGCAACACUAUACGAAAGCAUAAAUCCAGAGAAAAUGAAACACCUGGAGACCAUGAGGCACGCCUUGCCAAACAGCAUGAGAGAUACCACCAAAAAAAAGCAACAGAAACUACUGAACAGAGAGAUGCGCGUUGGGCCAAAACAGCCGCAGCAAAAGCUGCAGCAAGACCAAGCCAUAAGACAACAACAGCCGCAGCAGGACUACAUGAGACCGCAGCAGGAUCAAGCCAUAAAACAACAGCUGCAGCAGGAUCAUAUGAGAACGCAGCAGAACGGAGCCUAGCAGAAUCGACCUAA